UCCAUUGAGGACAAACAUUGUGACACGAGAUUUAUAUAUAUAAUAUAUAUUAAGACAACUACAGUUCAGUUAAAAGCACUUCAUUAAUCUCGUAACGGUGCUCGUAAUAAUAAACUUUGAUUUUAUGCACUGGCACCACAUAUCGGUGGUGUUUGACUUAUGAGUGAUGGCAAUAUUUGAUAAUAUUUUCGAGUUUUGACCUAUAACUUGCUCUGUGGUUUUGACGUCAUAUUGACAGUGACCGCUGACGUAGUGUCAUUUGAGUUUGACGUAUUGGCAAUCAGCUGGAUGUUAUAUUUUGUUCCCAUUCCUAUUCCAGGCUUUUAAAUUUUCAUAUUUAAAAUAAUAUUUCCUUUGCUUUAUAAAUAAUUGUAUGCUAUAUCUCUACGUAAAAGUUACGACACUAAAGUUUUAAUAAUGGAUACAGUUGUAAAAUCAAUGUUAGAAGAAGAUGAAGAAGAAAAACAGGGUUUAGUACUGUUUGGUCGUGAUUUGUCAAAAAUACCGUGUUUUCGAGACAGCUUCUUAAGCGGCAUUGCCACAGGCAUAGGUGUUGGAUUUGCAUCAUUUAUGAAGACCUCAAAGCCAAUGCUAUCACAGCAUGUUGGAGUUGGGGCUUUUGCAACAACAACAUUGUUGUAUUGGUCCUAUUGCAGGUGGCAAUGGUCACAACAGAGAUUCGAUGCACAAAUGUUACAAGAAGCAUUGAAAGAUAAGAUAAUGUAUGAAGGUACAGCUGUAGAAAAAGAAUUAGAAAGUAAAGGUAUCCUUAAAUCAGCUUAAAUAUGAAAUAUCUUGUUACAAUCAAAUACUAUUCCAAUAGCAUCUUUUAAUUCAAGGUAAAAUGAAAUAACUUUAACAUGAAAUAUUUAUUGUGAGAGAGAGACAGGUGAUACUAUUCUGACAAAUGGACAAACAUUCAUUCAUGUUAAUUAAAUAAAUAAUGGAAUUUUUAGUUAAUAUAACAUAAAAAGUGCUAUUGUUAAAAGUAUUCAGAGAUUUAAGUAGGUAUUUAUAAUGUAGUAUAAUGUAAUCAUAAUAUGUAAAAAUUUGUAUUAAAUAAAUUUUAUAAUUUAACCGCA